AUGGGUUGCAGGUUUAUCCAUCAGCAUCACCCACCACCACCACCCAUCCCCACCAUCAUGCCUUCAUCAUCAUCACUACCAUCACCACCACCACCACCCAACACCACGUCCGUCGUCCCCCGCGCCUACGUCCUCUUCUUCCUCUACCUCGACCCCCUCACGGCCCUCUACGGCGCGUGGCUGCACCUCGCGGACCCCUCCGCCGCCGCCACGGCCAUGGCGCCGCGCGCCGCGCACGACCCCGCGCAGGCCUUCGUGUACCGGCAGGCGGGCGGGCUGGCGCUCGCCGUCGCCGCGCUGGCGGCCGCGGUGCCGCGCCUGUCGACGGACCUGCGCGUGUGGCGCGCGCUGCAGGCCGCGCUGCUGCUCGCCGACGCGGUCGCCCUGAGCGGCGCGUACGAGGCGCUGCGCGUGGGCGGGCGGCUGACCCCGGCGCCGGCGUCGUGGACCGACGACGACGUGGCCGUGGUGGGCUCGUACGUGGGAAUCACGCUGGUGAGGGCGCUGUUUGUGCUGGGGGUUGGGUUUGGUGAGACGAAGGUUCCUGGGGAGAAGGGGGAGGUGAAGACGGCAGAAGGGGGCGUAGGUAGGUAGGUAGGUAGGUAGAUGAAACGGACGGAGGCCCCGAGGAGGGGGCUAUAUAGAAGAGGGCAAAGAACAACUUGGUGAGCGGAAAGCAGGAAGAAGAAACGAAAUAUUGGAAAACUGUUUCAACAACGCUUCAACAUGCACAUGUCCACUGCUUGACAUGGCAGAAACUGGCCACAGAGAGGCCCGAAAUGGUCUUUAUGACACGGCGUGGACCGACCGACUCAACUUUGCAAGGGCCAGUCAACUUGUACGGCAGCACUGAGCAUGAGGCCAGCAAGGCCGGUUCAAGUGAUAACCAGUCCGUCAGAACUUCCACAGAACCGCCUCCGCCCUCGACGAUGUGACAGCGAAGAAGUCAUUUCACGUUAUCUAUCAACUGUCCAUGAAACACCAUGUAUGUAGAGCGUAGAGGCCAAGUGAGUGCUUAGGACUAUCAAAC